UCCGUCCGGCUACAACAGGAAACCCAACACCGUGGCACGGGGGGACAAAGCGCCGUGCUCUCCCCUCCUGUGGCGCAGGGUAUAAAACCUCCCGGGGGGCCGCGACCUGCCUGCAGCUCUCUGCCCGCAGGCGAGGGGGCCCUGGGGCCUCUGCUGUGCCCCGGCACCAUGGCCACGGGUGAGCUGACCGAGCUGGAGACGGCCAUCGAUAAGAUCGUCACCGUCUUCUUCACCUACGCGGGGAAGGAGGGCAAGAAGGGCACGCUGACGGCCAGCGAGUUCAAGGAGCUGGUCCAGCUCCAGCUGCCCAACCUGAUGAAGGACGUCCCCUCCCUGGAGGAGAAGAUGAGUGAGCUGGACGUGAACAACGACGAGGAGCUGAAAUUCGGCGAGUACUGGAGGCUGAUCGGGGAGCUGGCGAAGGCCAUGCGGAAGGAGAAAGCAGGGAAGAAGUGACUGGGCUGAUGGGGAGACUCGGCCGACGCGGAGCUAAUAAAAGAGGUUU